UAUAAGUGGGCGGGGUUACUUUUGUUGCUGUCCGGUAGUACCGGUAUCUGUAAGAUGGCAGCUGCGGAUCCGGUAGAGGCGGAUUGGGAGGGGAGUGAGGGCCGAGCGGCGUGAGAGGAUGGCGGCCGGGGGACGGGCGGUCCAGGAACAUUGUCCAGGGGUCAACAACCAGCCCUACGUGUGUGUGACCGGCCACUGCUGUGGGGAGACUGGCUGCUGCACGUACUACUAUGAACUGUGGUUGCUGCCGUCAUUCAAACUUCCAGCGUAUGAUGAAGUGGCAUAUCGUCCUACCACCCCACCACCCCCAUAUAGCAGCAUUCUAAAUCAGCUAGCUUAUCCGUCGUCCUCUGUACCAUCGGAGGCUGCCCCUGCUUCACCCAGCGACUCCUCGGGCAGCUGCUCAUGUGCCUCUGGCUGCUUGAUCUCAGAGAGCAGCUCCUCUUUCUCUGGACAGGUCACCAAUGAAACUGGCACCAGCCUGGAGAGCACAAGCAGUGACGAUGGCAGCUGGCUUCAGAGCCCUGAAGAGGAUGGUGCAUGUGGGAAAGACCCUUGUCCCAAUAAACAGGCCUCUUUCUCCUCAUAUGUGGACUUCUUUGAUGGUGGAAGCCACAGCUGCUGGGACAUCGAGGAAGAGGAUGAGGAAGAAGAGGAGGAGCAUUACAGACACCGCAGGCUUACAGGAGACUCGGGUAUUGAGGUGUGCCGCUGCCAGAUUCAGGGUCAAGUGCAGGAUGAAGAAGAGGUGCAUGACAGCCCAGCAUGCACAGAGCGGAGUAGAGUGGUGGAGACGUCUGAGAAAGGGGGAAGUGAGCCUGAGCCACCAGUCCAACCUGUGUGAUGGUGUGUGGCAGAGGUCACUUAUUGUGAAGGACAUCAGGUGGAGUUAGUCAGGAUUCUGAAGAAACCUGCUGAGGAGCAAUUUGCUCGGUCUUCUCAUAUGGUGAUAAAAGUGUUCCUAAUUUAGUCUGAGGGGAGAGUUUGCACAUUUAAAGUAUUUACCAGAAACUGCUCCUUAGUAUGUGAGCUACUAAAGUAAGGUGCAGGCCUCUCCUGAACACCUUGUAACAGUCAAACAGCCAAGGGUGUAAAAAACAACUUCCUUUUUUAUGGGUACAUGAGCACAGCCAUCUGUGAUAACAUUAGGGGUUGGAAGAGAAUGAGAUGAGUUCAUAGGGGAACAAGUGAGAGGCUGUCUUUUUGUAUUCCCUCUCUUUUAAAUCGAAGUCCCCACUGCAGACACCAGGAUUAUUAAUGUGGAGCUUUGGCCUGUGCAGUCUAUUAUGCGAUAGAGACUUGGGCCCCAGAGUCCAUGUGUUCUGUGCCUGUAGUGAGCAGAUGCAUCUUCCCCUCUGAGUUUGUUGUCUGUGUAAACAGCCUGUUACCACCUUCCCAUACUGCCAGCACUUGGAGAAACAAAGUGUCUCUGCGGCACUGCUGGGAGUUACAAUGUAUUCUGUGAAAUGACAUUAAAUGAUGUGCUAUGACAAAGCAACAUCCACUUGACACAGCUGUUUGGGAUAAUCAAAAUGACGAAGUGCUGUGAGGCGCUACCGAGAUCCAUAAAUAAAACGAUAAACAUCA